CGCUCGUACAACCAAGUUUACAAACGCUCUUCAUAUACUUGCCGCCAUGCAGAUCUUCGUCAAGACUCUCACUGGCAAGACCAUCACACUCGAGGUCGAGUCCUCGGACACGAUCGACAACGUCAAAGCCAAGAUCCAGGACAAGGAGGGCAUCCCUCCUGACCAGCAGAGGCUGAUCUUCGCUGGCAAGCAGCUUGAGGACGGCCGUACCCUGUCGGAUUACAAUAUCCAGAAGGAAUCCACCCUUCACCUGGUGCUUCGUCUCCGUGGUGGAAUGCAGAUCUUCGUCAAGACCCUCACGGGGAAGACCAUCACCCUCGAGGUGGAGUCCUCCGACACGAUUGAUAAUGUCAAGGCGAAGAUUCAGGAUAAGGAGGGUAUCCCUCCUGACCAGCAGAGGCUGAUCUUCGCCGGCAAGCAGCUUGAGGACGGUCGCACUCUUUCGGACUACAACAUUCAGAAGGAAUCCACCCUUCACUUAGUGCUUCGUCUCCGGGGUGGCAUGCAGAUCUUUGUCAAGACUCUGACAGGCAAGACCAUCACCCUCGAGGUCGAGUCAUCGGACACCAUCGACAACGUCAAGGCAAAAAUCCAGGACAAGGAAGGCAUCCCUCCCGACCAGCAACGGCUGAUCUUUGCUGGCAAGCAGCUCGAGGACGGUCGCACUCUUUCUGACUACAAUAUCCAGAAGGAGUCGACGCUUCACCUGGUGCUCCGUCUCCGUGGCGGCAACUGAGCGCAGGAAUUCUGCGUCCCCCGAAUUUCAACGUUCUUUGAUCCCGUGUAAUUCCAUACUAUGUACCAUCUUGUCGCCAUCACUCUAUCGACCAAUGAAUAACAGUGUUUACAAGAUGUAUGCGCCGAUUUCCACAUGUAUACGUGCUUUUUUAGCCCGACAAGCAAC